CGACGGCCUCGAGCGCUUAGGCGGGAGAUCUUUUUCUUUGUCCUUGAUGCUCUGAGUUUCCAGUCAUUUGCUUAGUCUUCAUCUUGUCAUCAUCCAAGUUCUGAGUCCUCUCCAGCUAGGUGUUUCUGUAGGAGAGAAGAGAGCUGCUGCAAGAGGAAGUGCCUCAACCGGCUUCAGGAUGGCUGAGGAUGAAGAAAAGGUGAAGUUACGCAGGCUUGAACCAGCCAUACAAAAAUUCACUAAGAUAGUGAUCCCAACAGACCUGGAGAGGUUAAGAAAACACCAGAUAAACAUCGAGAAGUAUCAGCGGUGCGGAGUUUGGGACAAGCUGCAUGAGGAACACAUCAAUGCCGGGCGCACCGUUCAGCAACUGCGCUCCAAUAUCCGAGAAAUGGAGAAGCUUUGCUUGAAAGUGCACAAGGAUGAUCUGGUCCUGUUGAAGCGACUGAUAGAUCCUGUCAAGGAGGCAGCAGCAACGGCCACAGCAGAGUUUCUCCACCUCCACUUGGAGUCUGUUGAAGAACUCAAGAGACAAGUCAAGGACGAAGAAGUGUUACUACAGCCCUCUCUGACCAGAUCUACAACUGUCGAUGGAACGCUCCACACUGGGGAGGCUGAAGCUGCUUCUCAAAGUCUGACUCAGAUAUAUGCCUUGCCUGAGAUUCCUCGAGACCAAAAUGCUGCUGAGUCCUGGGAUACCUUAGAAGCGGGCUUAAUUGAGCUUAGCCAUCUGGUCACUGAUAUGUCCCUCCUAGUGAAUUCUCAGCAGGAGAAGAUUGACAGCAUUGCAGACCAUGUCAACAGUGCCGCUGUGAAUGUUGAAGAGGGAACCAAAAACUUGCAGAAGGCUGCAAAAUACAAGCUGGCAGCCCUGCCUGUGGCAGGUGCACUCAUUGGAGGAGUGGUGGGGGGUCCCAUCGGCCUCCUCGCAGGCUUCAAAGUGGCAGGAAUUGCAGCUGCACUUGGUGGUGGGGUGUUAGGCUUCACAGGUGGAAAAUUGAUACAAAGAAGGAAACAGAAAAUGAUGGAGAAGCUCACUUCCAGCUGUCCAGAUCUCCCUAGCCAAAGUGACAAAAAAUGCAGUUAAAGCCCAAGCUUCCAGCUGGUGCUGUGCACCCGGCCUAAGGAGCAGCUUGCUGUUGUUGGAACAAUGUUAGGAAGUGGCUCUCCAUGUCCAUGUGGCGUUGAACCACCAGAAGUGGACCUGUCCGUUUGCUGGAUGUUAAUGGAGAUUUUAGAGGUGGAGGAGCCUGGGCAGAGGGUAUCUGUCAGGUCAGGUUUAAAGACUGCCAGAGAGCAGAGGCUCAGCUUAGAAAUGUGAAAACUGGAUCCCCAACUCUAAGGAUCUAAGAUGUGUACACAUGUGUUGGAUGCAUGAGGGUCGAUGUAUUUGUAGAUUAUUUCUUCCUGUAGGGAGGGACAGAAUGUGAGUCAGGAGCCUUUCUGUGGGCUAGGGAUGUGCUGCCCAGCGGGUGCACCGGUGAACCACUUGUGGACUCGAGGGCUGCUGUACUUGGAUCCAGCUGUAUUUUUUGGGGAAGGAAAUUCAUACUGUAAAAUAGAAAGAGAAGCCCAUUUUCUCUCUA